GGCGCUUAUCGUUUGACUCGCCAGUGCAGCUUGUCUAGCAAAAGCGAUCUUGUGUUUGCACUGAAGUUGGGGUCGGGAAAUUGGUUCCAGCCAAGAAAUGAGUGUGAUAGACCGUGUAGAGUCUGCAAAACAUAUUUUAGCAGGAUCACCGAUUGGACGGGCUAUUGCCAAAGCCACUAGUCGGGAGAUUAUUGGACCAAAGAAGAAGCAUGUUGAUUAUUUACUGCAAUCCAUCAACUUCGAAAAUGUCAAUAUCCCCAACAUGGUUGACAUGUUGUUCGAACGGACUCAGAAUUCAAGCUGGAUUGUCACCUUCAAAGGUCUGAUUGUUUUCCACCAUCUUAUGUCCUCUGGCAAUGAGAGGUUCAUCCAAUGUUUGGCAUCACGAUCUGCUACGUGGAUGCUUCAGAGUUUUCUUGACAAGAGUGGUGUUCAGGGAUAUGAUAUGUCACAUGUUAUUCGUCGCUACUCGCAUUUUCUCAGCGAAAAAGCUUUUAUUUACCGCACGAUGGGUUACGAUUUCUGUAGAAUUCCUCGAGGGAAAGAAAAUGGUGUGCUUAGAAAUAUGGAAACGACAAAACUCCUGAAAGCUCUCCCUGAAAUUCAAAGACAAUUGGAUGCGCUGCUGAGCACAGAGUUCACAGGAAACGACAUGACAAAUGGCGUCAUCACCGCAGCUUUCAUGCUCUUAUUUAAGGAUCUUAUUCGACUGUUUGCAGGAUACAACGAUGGCAUUAUUAAUCUUCUAGAACAAUACUUUGACAUGAAAAAGCCAGACUGCAAAGCAUCUUUAGAUAUCUACAAAAAGUUUGUUAAUAGAAUGGAAAGAGUGUCUGCAUUUCUAAGAGUGGCAGAAGAUGUUGGUAUUGAUCGAGGGGACAUUCCGGAUCUGACGCAAGCACCAAGCAGUUUGUUAGCGGCAUUGGAGAAUCACUACCUGUCUUUAGAAAAGGGGAAGACAUACACCCCGCCAUCAAAGCCGGUUACAUUGCCGUCUUUCACAGUAUCAGCAAAUGCAGAAAAGAGCGUGAAUCCUUUUGGAAAGGACACUUUUGAUGCUGCAGAUGGUGAGACUGAUGAUGUUCUAGAGCAAGAAAGAAAAGCUUUGGAGGAGUUCCAGCGGAAAAAGCAGUCCCAACAUGUACAACAAGCUCAAUUCUCGAACCAGGCAGCCCCUCCUGCUAUUGUCCCGCCAGCAAGCCAACCGCGGAACCAUCGUCAGGCCCAGCCAGCAGCCCCGGUUCAAAAAGAACUUCUGCUGAAUCAAGCAGCCCAAGUAUCGUCCCCACCAGCGUCAGCAGCGAAUGACUUGUUGCAAUUGAAUACUAAUUUAUUUGGAGAUAGUUUUCAGACAGGUAUGACCCGAAGCUCAACAUUUCCUCUUGAUGAUCAAAAACAGGGCGAUUCAUGGUCAUCGCCAAAUGAUUCCUGGGGACAACAACCUGGAGCAACUGGAAGCAAUCCAUUCAACACAACCAAUAACAACACUGCAUUUGCACCUGCUUUUCAAGCAACCUCUGGGCAAAAUGGAGAUACCCUUCUUGGAGACUUGCUUACCCCAGAGCCAGCAGCUGGGGCCCAACCAAUGUCGCAACAAACUCAGCCAUUAAAUGAUAGCGACACAAAGGAUUUGUCAUCAGUCCUUGCCCGUGCAGCAAAGUCAUUAGACGAUCUGUCAUUCAACCCAAAUAUGCAAAGAGUUUCGACACAAAAAGGAAAACAUCAGUGGAAACCACAACAGCCACAAGUGAAAACUGGGGGUGCCCACUAUCAAGGAGUUUCAGUUGCAAAAAACACCUUACCUCCUGCUUCACAGCCAGGCUGGGGGCAAACAAAUCCAUCAGUGGGUAUGCAGUCAUUUCCGGGGCAGGCUCCAAUGGGAAUGUAUACCCAGUAUGGUCAGCAACCCGGUAUGAUGCCCAGUGGAGUAGGGAUGUUUCCUAUGCAGACUGCAGUACCACACAUGAAUGCUCCAAUUGCCAGUCAAGAUCCGUUUGGGCCAGUUCCAGGUAGCCAGGUUCGCUUCUAAUUUUGAUGAUAUCCCAAUUGCACUGUUUGGAAUUUCUGACAAGGUACAAUAAAAUCAGAAAUAUUUGUGAUUAAAAUAUUUGUAUGCAACCUCUUUUGGAAAUCUCGUUGGCUACUCAGUAUUUGGCAAAAUUUGAACAUUGAUAAUGUGGAUCAUCAGAAAUACUGGGACAAUAUUAAUUUUUUCAUGAGUUAAUGACUGAUGGGAUAAAAUGUAUCACAAUUUUUGUAAUAUAGCUAAUUUAGUGACAUUAAUUUUUCAAUCAUUGAGUUAAAAUCUUGGAGUAGAACUGUAAAAAGAUGGCUAAAAUAGACAACAAUUCUUUGA